CGGAGUGCCUUCUCCGCGUCCAUCCGCCGGACAUGGGCCCCGUCGAUGCAGCCACCCUCAAGGCCUUCACGCCCGGCAAGACCAUCACUCCGGGGCUGCUCAAGGUUCUCGAGGAGGUUGCGACGACUGGCAAGAGCAGGUACGAAUGGGCUCUGCUCAAGCCGCUGCUCGCGGCCAAAAUCGAGGCGGUGUGCAACGAGUACAACGAGGGCUGCGCUGACGUGCCGGGUCCCAACGGCGGAGAGAGCUUCGAGAGCGUGCUGCGGCGGCUGGUCGCGCUGCUGGACGAGUUCAGCGAGACGCCGUUCACGGCGCAGCGGCUGACCGAGCUGUUGCUCAACCCGCGUCACAUCUACCCGACGAGCACGCGCAAGCUGAUGAACGCGCUGGAGAAGAUGCUGACCGUCUCCUCGACCAUACCCGUCAUGGUCCUCGCCGCCGCCGCAGACGGCUCAUACCAGCAGGCGGCGGAGCACGAGCUUGCAAAGCUCGCCACCGGCGAACAAGGGGGCGGAGGCGAGCCGAUGGAGGUGUCGUGACGCAUGGCCGGGCACUCGUUGCCGGAUCGCGCUCUCGGGGUUCCAAGCGCCGAAUCGUGGGAGGAUGCAUGGCGGAAGAUGUAUCGGAACUGACUAACACAGCGCCAGUGGUCUGUGGCUAGAGAAUAGCGCGCUGCGGCGUACGAGCCAUGGAGGGGGGGACGUAUCGGGACUGUCUACGUGGGGUGUACGCGACCGAGGGGGGGGGG